UUUGAAGAAGUCCUUACACGAGCUAAAUGCUCUGCCAGACGGCUGGCUUAUUGGCAUCGACAAGAACAAGAGAAUGACCUUUCAAAAAGGGCCAACCGGUAGUCCUCUCUACAUCCAUCCUACCCUUGGAGAUUUGCCAAAGCCAUGGAUCCUGAGGUUUUGUGGGAGUAAAGCACCCAGAUACUUCAAUCUGGAAACCUCUGAGACAACGACAAAAAACCCCCGACACGACAAAAGAAUCUUGAGAAAGGCAGACGAAUCGCGAAAGGCACAAGGACUCGGCGAAUCUUCUUGCUUCGUGAGAGUGAGCAAAACAAUUCCCUUGUCGGAGUACAAACGGGAGGACGUGAAAUCCUACAAUAUUCGACAUGAUUACCACAUUGUCAAAAUACUUGAUGACCCGAAUUCUAAAAACAAAGUUGGCGCUUUUAACGGCGGAGUGUUUGUCGUGAAACACAAGAUCACUCAGUUGCUGAGUGUUGAGAAGAGAUUCAAAGAACAAGAUAUCCACUUCACUAAGGAUGAAGUGCAUAUGCUUCACAGGCUGAGGCAUGCCUCAAUCUCAUUUUUUACCGCUGGCUUCGUCACACCCGACCUAAAAAGAGCCUCUGUAUACGUCGAGUUUUGCGACAGAGGCUCCUUGGAAAAUCUCAUCAGGGCCUUCGGUACAAAACGUCUGCAUGCAAGUUCGGAUGCUGAGAAGCCGGAAGUCCCUGAACGCUUUAUUUGGCACGCAUUUGCAGGACUCUGCGACGGAUUAGCGUAUCUUAUGAGUGGUCGGACCUAUCUCUCGAGCGAUGUCACGGAUUACGAUUCAGCCCCUGGUUGGGUGCCCAUCCUCCAUCGCGACAUGAAGCCUGACAAUGUCCUGAUCCGGUCAAGAGGGACUGUGGGAACGAAGCGAUACUUCUACUGCGUUCUCAGUGAUUUUGGCCUCGCAUGCGAGGACAGACCGCCUGGACAUCCGAAAGAAGAUCGAGGUCAAAAGUCCAGGGGCAAGUGCGGCACGAAAACCUAUUGGGCUCCUGAGCUGCUCUACAAUCCAUACCCUAAGAUUCCAUAUCCUGAUCGCUUAUCUCCUGAUAAACCCGAGUGGAACCCCGAAUAUUAUUACUUCCCCGACCAGCAGAAGCACACCGCCAAAUCCGACCUCUGGGCAUUGGGUGCCAUGAUGUACAAUCUCGCAGACUGUGGACCACUGAGUCGGAACGGUGUGCUAGAAGUCCAUGCUUCGACCCACUUACUUUGGGACGGGAAACCAUCAAAUAUUAGCUGGGACAUCUACCAAGACGGAACGAUUUCACGUAAGACACUUGAUAUCAAUAAGCUGAAACUCAACAAGCCGUAUACGAGCUUCCUCAGUGAUGCCAUCAAGUUAGCUACGAGGGAGCUGCAUAAGAGACCUGACCCAAUUAGUAUGUUGAUGGCGUUGAAAGAUCUGAUGAACAACAGUGGAUUCAUAAACCAUAUUCCGAAGGGUCACGAACAUGAGCAGCUCCCGAGUUGGGCGACGCGGGUGCACGAUUAUCAUUCUUUGCCUCCUAUCGACCCAAAGUUGUUUCCGGAGAAUUAGGGGGUGCGUCGGCGGAGAGCUCUUGAUGCGUUCCCUGCCCUAUCACGGAUGUUAGUCAACAAUAAAAAUCAUGAGAGUUGACCAAUUCAUCCAACGCGUCCUUCCACCGACCCCAACCUCAUUAAUGAUAAAGCUUCGUCCUCCUAGUUACUGCAUAUCAGCUGCUUCUGUCCACCGACUCAAUCCAGACUACCUCAUACGACUAUAGCUCUCACAUUAAUCAUUCACGGCACCUCUAUCCUCAUAUUUUUCCCUACACAACACUAUGAUACGCACGUCUAUCCCUCCUAAUUAAUCACCACAACAACCAGGUCGACACAGCGCGAAACCUCUCAUUGACUAUUCUCCCAGAGAGACCACGGUGUUUUAUGUUAUUCCAAGGUUUGCUUGCUAGUCGGACUGCUGCUCUGCCCGGCCAGAAACGAAACAACACCUUUACCAACUCAGUCAUCUAGGCAGUUUAAAUAUACCAACAACUCCAAC